AACAGCUCUCGGAGACUAGAAAAGAACCCCUCUGAUGAAAUUAUUGUCUGCCCAAUUUGCCAGGAGAAACUCUCAGCUAAUGUCAUUGCAGCGCAUGCCAGUGCAUGCAACCUGUAUCUCUGUCCAGUUGCUUGGGACAACAACUGCCAGUGGAGGGGUUCAGUUAGUCAAUCUGUGGACCACAUCGCCAAGGGCCAUCGGUCGGUCAACCGUGUGACAGGUCCAAAUGCUGUCAUAGUAUUGAAAAGCUGGAGGAAGGCUUCUCCCUUGUAUUGGAGCAGUUUACAAACCUGUCUAGGCUAUAACUUUCUUGUUGAGAUCAAGAAAAUAGAAAGAUUUGAUAAAUACCCUAACUUUUAUGGUGUUGUAAGAUUAUUUGGCCAGCAGGAAGAUGCUGAUCGCUUUGAAUAUAAGAUGACGAUGAAGACUCGAGGGAAAAUGGCAAGAACAUCUUCGUAUUCUACAACAGUAAGAGCACUUCAUGAAAAUUCUGUGAUACAUAAGGAUGAUGCUUUUGUAUUUGACUCAUCUCAGGCUGAAAUCUUUUCGUAUGAAGGUAAUUUAGAGGUUGAAGUAAGCAUUUCUGUCAUGAAAAUGUGAUCCAUCAAGACUUAUGUUCAAGUUAUUUGUUUUCUGAAGUGAUACAUUGCCACUUUUGGUUCAUUUUCUUCGUUUUCUUUUCACAUUUUCACUUGUUUCAGUUCAGCAUAUCUUUUCUUUUUUUCAUGCAGCUUACUGUCCUGUCUGAAAUAUAGUUGUGAAGUCACCAAUAGCUUUAUUAGCUCAAUCAAGUUUAUUUAUUAUUUGUACAUUAACUUUAAUUUUUCUAUGGGUAAUUUCAUUGGCAAAUAUGUUUUAUCAAGUGCUAAAUUAGCUCUGUUUUACAUUGUUAAUUUUGUUUUGAACCAUGGGAAAUCUUAAGCUCAACAGGAAAGAAUCAACAUCUGGAUUUUCUGCCCUUCUUUUCUUUCUCCCCAUUUUACAUUUUUAAUUGGUAUGUGUGUGUGUCUGUGUGUGUUUUUGUGUAAUUGGGGAACCAAUCAAAUGUUUGUUUUCAAAUCCGUGAAAGCCAUUAUGUAUUUAUAUCAUUGUGAACGUGCCUUUUAUGAGUUUUAUGUUUUUGCAUAGCACUGUUUUGUGUUCAAAUUCAAUUUUUUGAAGGACCAUCUCCCCACUUCUUUUGAUUGUGUCUGUGUGUGUGCGUGUGUGGAGAAAGGCCAAGAGAGAGAGAGAGGGUGGGUGAUGCUCUGGUCUCUGAAUGUCGCAACUCAAUCUCACUGCCAUAGCCCAUUAAACCUUAAAUCAGGGCCGAUUAUAACGAAUGUCAAUUCAACUGUUUCUGUAAGAAAAGUUGCUUCAAACUUUGCUUCUUUAAUUUUAUGUACCAACAGUGUGUCAAUGGCGGACCGCAUGUCGCGGAUCUCUACUUUCUAGUCCAUUUGCUUCAUCACAGUUUUGUUAUGUCACCACGUCUAUGUGUCUCGUGUUGGUUGCUUCACCAUCAAACUGCACUUACAUUUCCUCUGGUCAAAUGUGUUGUAUCUGUACUUUGAUCCCUGUAUUAAUUUUCUGUCUUCAAAUCUAUCUGCCUUUUGUUAAAUUUAUGGGGGACUAAGAAAAACUUGUGUAUAAAUCUGAUACAAAUUGUGCAAUAUAGAUUAUAUGGUGAAGGAUGUAUUACAAUGCUUAUCUUAUCUUAUCCUCCCUGUGAGGAAUAAAGAGUUGAUUCAGUUGAACUUUA